GUUGCCGUCUGUUUUCACGGCAAGGCUCCUGUGCUUUUCACAAGCAUCGGUGGGACAUUCGCCCGUUUCAGGUAUAUGCCAUCCUGUGGGCUUCUGAUGAUCCGAGCCCCCCAUGCAGCCAGCAGUCUUGACCUGGAUCUGAGCACUCAGCACAGCCGGACCUUCAUCAAUUUCACAGCGCCUUUCACCAAUAAACGAAAAGAAUAUUCUGAGAGGAGGAUAAUCGGUUUCUCCAUGCAGGAAAUGUACGCAGUCGUGUCCAAUGUAGAUGAAUACAAGGAAUUUGUUCCCUGGUGCAAGAAAUCGGUUGUGGUGUCUAAGCGCGCAGGCCAUGCAAAGGCCCAGCUGGAAGUUGGAUUCCCUCCAGUGUUGGAACGCUACACAUCAAUUUUGACACUAGUACGGCCGCAUCUGGUGAAGGCUAUCUGCACUGAUGGGAAGCUUUUCAACCAUCUAGAGACAAACUGGCGUUUCAGCCCUGGCAUUCCAGGCUAUCCUCGCACGUGCACUGUGGAUUUCUCAAUUUCCUUCGAGUUCCGCUCCUUGCUGCACUCGCAACUGGCGACAAUGUUCUUCGACGAGGUGGUCAAGCAGAUGGUGGCAGCCUUUGAGCGCCAGGCAACCAAGACCUUCGGUCCUGAGACCCGCAUCCCCCGAGAGCUCAUGUUCCAUGAGAUCCACCAGACGUGAAGGCCGCCCUGCUGUUUCGGGGAGUUGUGCGGACACUUGGCAAUGGGGGAGGGGUUGCAAUCAGGGCAUCCCCAGCCUGCCUGUUUUUAGUCUAUUUAUUUGUUUUCUCUUGAUAUCCUGUCUAAUUUAUCCACUGGGCCUGGUGUCAUGAAAGAGACUCGAUCCUAAGGAGAAAGGGCCAGUCUAUCAUGUCCAGAGCAACCUCUGAGCCUGGUCUCUUGCCUGGCUAUGCUCUUUUGAUGCUGGGGCGUACUUAUAUAGGUAUAUAGAUAUAUAUAUAGAAAAAGAGAGGUUGGGGGGGGGGAGAGAUUUUGUAGCACACGUUUAUUUGAGGUUUCCCCUCUAACACCCCUUUUAAAAUCGGUUAUCUGAAGAGUGUCCCUCAUUUCACCCUCCACUUGUUGUCAUCUGCUCAUCUGGUUGCCUUAGGUUGCAGUCAGUGCCAAUCCUUGUUUCUCGGCAGAAGCUCACAGGUGUCAUGUGAUUCUGUUUCAGUGCCUAACAUAGGGCCUGUUAGAAAAUGUGUGCCUCUUAAAUCAUGUGGUUAUAAAAAAAAAAAAACCAAACCAACUUCCAGCCCCUGACUCAGACUGCCUCUUAGGAACAGAAAGGAGAGUCAGAUGCAGAGAGGUUGGGCCUGUUUCCUGGUGGCAGCAGGGUUUACAGUACCCUGCCAACUUCACCUUGCCAUGGAAGACACAGAGCCAAGCAGAGGAUGAGCAAAGGGAGGCCGGGUGUCUCAUGUCUGUUACAGACAGGAGUGGGGGGCUGAAAGAGGCCUAGCCCCUGUGCCGCAGCAUCAGGCUUGGGCUCUUCUUUCUCACCCAAAGAGUGUGUUAGGGUUUGGUCGCAGUUAGCCGGCAUGAGGUGGCUGGCACCAUCCACCCUGUGAUUGCCUUUUGGCUGAUAGUCAGGUGCCACAGGGCAUUGGUGCUUGGAGGAAAGAUGUGUGCCAAAUCAAGGUUAAGGGAAAGCACCUUAGAGGCUGGGCUGUUCUAAAAAUGAGAUAUUAGAUGUCCCAGAUGGGUGUUUAGAGUGGGUCUGGGAACAUUUCCUGUUGGCCUGCUGCCAGAGCAGUCUAUACAGCUCCAGUUGCUAUAGUCUCCUGGUUCAUUCAUAUCUCAAGUUCCAAACUCUCAAAUCUCACCUGGAACUCCCAACAACAGGGGUCUUAGUUGUGCUGUUUUGGUAAAUUUAGUCAAGACAGUGAGACCAUUGUGUGAGCUAGCCUCACAUCUUCCAUGUUGCCAGCCUUGCGGUUGCUCACUGCUGCAUUUUAAGGUGGACAGAGGGGAAGGAGGGUGACUCCUCUGCAGGCAGGAUUCCAUCCUCCCUAGGAACAUGAUUCCUCGCCCUCCUGCAACAGGAGAGAGGCCGUUCCUUCUGAAAUUCCUUGAGGUGCAGCUCCCUACAUGGGACUGCUGAAGGGGAGCAAUGGUGAACCUCCUCUUUCCAGUCAGCCAGUAGGAAGUAGUUUAGCUGGAAGCUGUGGAACCCAGCUUCAGUUCAGCUUGGCCAUCCUGAAAGCUGGGUGAUGGAGCCAUUUUGCCCAUUGCUGUGCCCAAUCUCCUGUAUUCCCCCCACCUCCCUAUCAGACACCUUUUUCUAUUGCCUCUUUUAUUACCACUUAGUACCCUCUUCCUAGUUAGUAAAGGGAAUUUUUCCAAUGUUAAGAUGCACAUUUUGCACUAACUGUGCGCACACAAGAGUGCUGGGAUUGGGGAGCGAACGGGCGAAAUGGCCCUUAAGAGGGACUGAACCAGCCCCUUCACUUGGCACUCAGAGCCCGAGAAGAGCCCUUUUCUGGGCUGUAACUUGCAGAAUCCCAUUGCCAACAAAGUGCGGCUGUUCUGGGAGAUAAGUCUGAACGCCCCAUGUCCCCCUUCCCCAGGUGCUGUAUCCUAAAGCACUGUAUCAAGGGCUGGUCCAUGCUGUGUGGGCAUGGAGCAUUUUGGAUGUUAUGAUGCCACUUUUGGAUUUGAUUGCUUGUUUGUUUGGGCUGGAGGAAUAUACCUGCGGUCCAGAUUGUGUGGAGAGGUAAUGUUGGGCAAGUGUGCGAGAGUGAGUAUGAUGCCUAUUAAGUUUUCAUAGUUUCCCAAGGACGUGUGAUUCCUGCUCAAUAUUGCUGAAUUGGAGGGGGGCGGUUUCUUGAGAGAUGGGGUAGGUAUGUUACUACCAAAUGAAAAAUAAAUAAACAUUGAGACGGGGGAACAGAAGUAGAGGGCUGCUUUUCAAGACCCUGCAGUUUUGAGCUGCUGUCCAGUUGGGCAACCAUCCCACCAACUCCAGUGUAGUCCUGCUAUGCUGCAAAACCUCUCUUUUGGGGCGAGAUGAGGAAUGUGUUGGAAGGCGGUGGGGGGGGGCAGCUCUCUUGGCAGAGUGGCUCUACAAGUGCCACUAAAGCUAUCAUUUGGAGAAUUUUCCACUUUAGAGCCAGACUUGCCGCAGGUUACAGAUUGGAGGUGGUCAAGUUUGGGAGGUAGCAGAGUCUGGAAAUUUUACUUCUUGGGCUACACCUAUCAGAAUUGUCUGGCCGUCAUGGCUGCUGGCUGUGCUGUCAUGUGAUUCCACCAGCUGUAGUGCAAGAAAGUGGCUUAUCCAAGCUCUUGAGUGGAGGGCAGGCCACAUCAAAGCUAGUGAAAAGAUCACCCUCCUCAGAAAGCUGUGUCAUGAACUAGGGUGUGCUUAUUGCAGCAUAGAUGUGUCGGCUGUUUUCAUUGGUCACAGUCAUGUGCUCGGCUUUCUUGCCAAGAGUUUUAGAUGUACCUGCUCGUCCUGUGCCCAUCCCAUAAUUUGUGGUUUUUCCAGCUGGUGCCGGAGCUGUGGAACAACUGCUUACCUGCUUUUUGAGCCAGCCAGCUGGCUUUGAGGCAAUUCCCAGGAGUCAGUUGACCACUGCUUCCCCCUUAAAUUUUGUGUGCCUGCUCUCUCAGUGCGAGGGAGCAUUGUGUUGGUGUCAUGUGUAGGCAUUUGACCCUAUAGCUGGUGCCCUUGGCUGAGAUGUUUCCUCCUCCUUUCCUGUUGUCCCCCCUUCUUUCAUUUUUACAUGUGCUCUCCCUGCUCUCAAAUGUAACUUAACUGACAUGAGGUGGCAUGACUCCAAAGAACAUCCUUUUGCCCUUUGGGGCUAUUGAAACUGUUGACUCGCUCUUUAUCCCGGUUCUUGCACUCACUCUGUACACAAGCGAAAUUGGCUUUUUGUUGGAGAAUGCACCUGGUGAUAGUCUCCUCCUAAGGUAAGGGUUGGAGUGUUCAGGUUGCUUGUCUGAGCAAGCCCUUUCUCUCUCUCCUUCCUUCCUUCCUUCCAGCAGAAAUCUUUGCAGGAGACUCACUGUAGAAGUUCCUGGUACUGUGGCAAAUGUCACUCAUGGUGAUUGCCUUAUAUCCCACUCUGCCAGGCGCGCGCUCUUUGUUUUCUUGUGAAAAUCUGCAACACGAGAACUUUUCCCUCCUGCUUCAUUGUCCUUGUGCUCUGAAGUGUGCAUCAGACCCCAGAGAUCUGUAGGAUAUUCUCCCAGCCAAACCUUGGGGGGGGUGGGGGGCUUUAAUCAAGAAGUCAAAGUCCUGAGAUGUUUUCAUGUUCUUACAGGUAAUGAAUUCAGACUCUAGCAGCCAUUUUUGUUCUGUAAACACAGGGUGAAUUAGUGGGUACAGGGUUAAACUGUGUGCAUAUGGGCAGGGGGGGGGAAGGGGAGAGGCUACAAGGGAUUUUGGGUAUGGCAGUUUUUGGUGAGAGGCUUGCUGUUCAGAGACUAAAGGAAAGAGACUACCACACCUGCAAUCUCUUGCAAUGUCCACAGAGCUUAGCCCUGCCCACCCAUUUCCCCUGCCUUCCCUCCACAGGAUGAAAAUGGGGCUGGAGCCUUAACUGGAUACAACUUUGAAACACCUGUCGGGAAUUUGGUUUCACAAUAAAAGCCCCAAAAAGUUUGGCUAGGGGAUUCGUGCAGAUUUUGAGGGCUGUAGUCCACAAAUUCUGAAAAUCUCAUCAUGCCUACCUUGUGUAGUAGACAAUGUGGUGUGGCUGGGAUUGGCAGAGACACACAGUUUUCCCCAUCCAUGUGUGUGUGGGGGAAAUGACCCAUUGAUAGCACCUCACUGUGUGACAACUGAGCCAGUUCUGGGUCCCUUCCUUCCCACCAUUCCUGCAAAACAUGAAACAAACAUGAGUCAUAACCCAUAUGUUUAUAGAAGGCUCUUUUACAUGGAAGGAGAAUUUGAGUAGGCCUGGGGAGGGAGCCCCAGCUUCAAGCCUGACCAUUGUAGGCCCUUUGGGAUCAAGGCACCCUCUCUCAGAGCAGCUACAAAGAGAAAUGAAAGAAGCAUUUUAAAAGUUGGUAGACUAAAGUAUGUUACCCACACAACACGAGCAGAUUUUGGUUCUACUGUUGUAGUACCAGAAGCAAUUGUCUGUUUUCUCUAAUAGCUUAAAGGAUGCAGGCUCUUCCCCUCUCUUAUAGUUUGGGAACACGUCUUCUGUCUCUGAUGUCUGCUGACCUAACCAAGGACGGUUGCAGUCUUCCUUCAUACUUGCUCAGGAGCCAGUUCCAUUGAACCCGAUUAGAUUUACUUCAGAUAUGCUUCUGGUUGUGUCCUUGAGGUGAAUUUACCAGCUCGGUGCCAGAGUCGGGGGAAUGUAAGAGUGUUGUUUGAGCACCCAGGGUGUAGGGUUGCUUGUAAGGACUUUUGUCUGCAGUAGAGUCUUUCCCUUGUGGCCAGGUGAGAGGUGUACUGGCAUCCUGGUCUUCCCCAAGAAUGCUCAAAGCAAUACCAUACCAGUGCAGAGUUCAGUUUCUGGGAAACCUCAGCUUCUUCCCUCUUUAAAAAAAGUUUCUAGUUACUGUGGGUUACAUAGAAAUGCUUAGGUGAACCAUUUCAGAAGCCAUCAGGGUGUCUCUUGUUAGCAGUGGGGAAUCGCGCACUUCAGUGUUGUACACUUGGCUGUGACACUGAAAGAAGUAUGUAAAAAGAAAAGAAAAACUGCAGAGUGAGUUAUGCACAGCUCCAGAAUUGUGCUUCUCCUGGCAAAAAAAAAAGGACUCAGUCUUUCCCCCCCCUUUUCUGAGUGAUCAUAGACAGCAGCUCCUCCGCACCCUGGAGCUUCAUAUCUCGGCUGUUUCUCACACUGCACCCAGCUGCACUCUGCAAAAUUGGUUGCUCCAGGGCCCAAAAUGACUUUCAGUACAGACAAUGCUGAUCACUGUAGACUCCUUUGGGACAGAAAAUUGCCCUGAAAGAUUGCUGGUUAUUCUUCCAUUUCCAAGCCAUUUAUUUAAGAACUCUUUUCUGUUUCUUGCUUCCUGACCCUGCCAUUCCCUAUAGUUGAGCACUCUACUACAGCUGCUGCAACCAACUUGCUUCUUUAAAUGGAAAGCAGAGUGCUCCUUUUAGGUCUGGUGACUGCUUUCAAGGGACACCCAUUAUCAAAAAGGGUCUGGCUUGUAGGCAGUGAUUUGACAGGAAAGGACAAAUUCCAGCCUCUCUCCAGUAUUACACAGGAAAUUCUGGCUCUCAGAAGGAAUAAUAACUUAGCUUCGUUGAGAUUGUACAGCAGACCAAAAGACAACUUACUAGCUCUGCUGUUACUGUGGAUUAUAGGAAAUGAACCUUCAGUCGUGGAUUGUGCUUUCGGUAGCUCACACUCAAACCUGUUUUAAGUUUUGGAGGCUACAGAAAAUACAAUUUGUGACUGAAGGAUCCAGAUUACUAUAAUUUAAUAGAGAACUCUUAAGUUUAAAAACCAUUCAUGGUGCUGAUCUUAGCUGCGCUUAUGUUCCCCUAAGCAGUGGAAACAUAAGGCCUAGCUUCAGUUGCAGUAGAACCCAUAACUGACACGGGCAUAGAGUCUUAUGUGCCCAGUUUAAGGGCUCCCUUUAAAACCUUACCUUGUAAGUUUCAAGUCCCUUUCAAACCUUGCACAGCCAUAUGUUCAGAUGAGAUCUGCCUCGGUGGGACUUGUGCUGGAUCUUUGGAAUGGCCUCUCUACAUGUAGAGUUAGAGGUGCUUUGUUUAUUUCCUUGUGCUGAGUAUCUUUCAUCCUCUCCUUUGUCCUUCCAGAUGUUUUGGAUUUCAGUUCCCCAAAUCUGACCUGUGAGUUGAAGUCCAAAACACUGGGAGGGAUAAAGUUUUGAGGACAACUGCUUUAAAUGGCAGUUGAUUGUUAAUAUCCCCCCCACCCCAGACCUAUUAUUGAAUGAGGCAUAAAACAUCUGGUCUUGUCAGUCACCAUGGGCACAACAGAGCUUUGGGGAAUGUUGUAGUGCCUUCUGCUUUUAGCCUAUGUGUGCAUGUAUGUAUCGGCCUUUUGACCCUCAUGCCCUCAUGCUUCUUCGCCUGGGAUGUGCUACCUCAGCUUGUAAAAAAGGAGAUGAUUCCAGAGCAAAGUUAGAAGACUAGAUGAUUAUCAUGCGCCAUAGAAGGAAAUUUUUAAUUCCACCCCCCUUUUCCUUUAACUGUGAAUUUUAGUUGAUAAUUGAAAAAAAAAUCUGUAUGAGAAUGUUCAAACACCAAACCAAUCCCAAGAGCAUUUUGUAGACCAAUUAAAAAAACUGUUUGCAAAAGGG